AUGGUAGAGACAACAAAUUAUAAUUCAGAUUGCAAUCCAACAACUUCAACAACCAUUGUUAAAAGUCCAUGUGCCAAUAACAACCAAGUAGAGCAAAAACAACUUGUUUCAAGCUCGCCAACUAGACGUUCUCAAACUCAAACUCCUCCUCUACCAACUUCUACUACUACUCCUACACCAAUUUAUUAUCAACAACAAGGGCAAGUACACCAACAACAAGUACAAGUACACCAACCACAACCUAUUCGCCAACAACCUCAACAUUAUUAUAUUGGUGUUCCAGUCACCCACCAAAAACCCUCGUCUCCGUCCUACUAUGUUCCAGAAUUGUCGUCCUCGCCACCCCUCGAGCCACAAUAUUAUACUCCAUCCACGUCACCCAACCCAUGCCAAUAUUACGUGCCUGCUCAACAUCACCAUCACCACAAACAACAACAUCAACCAACACAACAACCUCAACAACAACAACAACCACCACAUGGUUAUUAUUAUUAUGUGGCAACUCCUCCUAACGGAGCUCCAACAAUGAUUCAAGAACAAUAUUAUCAUAAAUCAUCAUCAUCACCAAACUCUGUACAAAAUCAAGUGUCCCAACAACCACAACCUCAACCUCAACCACAUCAUCAUCAUCAACAAUUGUAUCAUGUUCCACAAAAGAGUGUUUACUCUCAACAACAACAACAAGUAUCUUAUCAUCCAACUGCACAUGUAAUGUAUUCUCAACAACAACAACAACAACAACAACAACAAUAUCAAACAUUUUCUCACCAACAUGGAAACAACACAUCUGCUGUUCCAAUAUACAACUCGAACCAUAUUAAAUCAGCAGCGGUCGAUUCAUUCCAUGGCUUUUCAUUAUACUCUAAUAAUAAUAAUCAAAAUUCAACGACUGUACCAUCUCUUUAUCAACCCACACCAACCUAUUAUACCCAUUCGAUUCCAACAUCAACCCAUACCUCCCCACUAACAGUAGCAAAGUAUCCACCCACAAUAUUGGUUGAUGAAUCCAUUGAUCGUGCUGCUGCUGCUUGCCAAUUUGAGCAAUGA